AUGCGGGAAUAUAAUGGAAAGAUACCUGAUAAGGCAGUUGUGAAUAGCACCCAACAAGCACACUUGAAAGCUACUCCCUCGAUCCUAUCCCUCCAUCUUGCUGCUGCAUGGAAGGAUGGAUUCACACUAGGUGCUAAGUUGGUCAGAGGUGCCUGCCUAGUUAAUUACAUUCCAGCGUUGUGGUUUAUCUCCGAGAUCAGAAAGGGGGGACGAUCAGCUGAUGAGAGUCACGAGCACGGCACGGCACGAGCACAAGAAAACGCUAGCCUCUCGCUUAAAAGAUCGACGAUGCCGGAAUAUUCAAACCCCGAAAGAGUCAAAGAAGCUGUGAAGAUGCCGGCAAUGCUCGAUGAUCCCACGGCUCCCACCAUCUACCGCAACUCUGGCCCAUCACCCUUCCCAGAUCCUCACGAUUUGCAGUCCGCUCUCUCAGUUGGGGACCCUCGACAAGUUACAUUACGUGACCGAGUCACCGUGGCUACUAUAAUCCCGUUCUCUUCUCGCCAUCAAGUCCCCGCAACCCUCCUCGAAUAUCUGAGCGACCAACUGAACAAGGAAAUCGAGGGCGGAGAUACAUACCCCAUGGUAGACAACAUGCCGGCCGAGCAGUUCUCCAAGUACUGGUUCCAGAACUUCGGUGCUAUUAUGCUGCUGGGAAAUAUCGAGAGUGCGGAUGAGGUGGUUGAGGGCAAAGACUGGGCCAGAGAGUGCUUGGGAAGCUUCUAUAUCAAGCCCAAUUAUCCGGGCCGCAGUAGCCAUGUCUGCAAUGCCGGUUUCCUCGUGACAGAUGCUGCGCGAAACAAGGGUGUUGGACGACUUAUGGGCGAAAGCUAUCUGGAAUGGGCGCCCCGGCUUGGCUACAACUACAGUGUUUUCAACCUCGUCUACGAAACCAACGUAGCAUCCUGUCGCAUCUGGGAUGCUCUAGGAUUCAAGCGAAUCGGUCGUGUCAAGGGAGCUGGAAACUUGAAGAGUUACCCAGGCCAGUUGAUAGACGCUAUUAUCUACGGACGGGAUCUCGGACCGGAGGGCGAAGAUUUCGUGAACGAAGAGCGUUUCGACAAGAUCAAGUUCUACCUCAAAUGGGGCAAAUACCCAGCCGGAGCCGACCGUGCAGAGAAGAGCCGACUCCGCAGUGCAGCAACACACUACAAGCUCAUCGCCGAGUCCGACAAGCUAAUGCUAAAGGAUAAAGAAGUCAUCUCAGAUCCCCAACGCCAGUACGAGAUCGCCCGCAACGUCCACGUGCAGCAACACGGCGGCAUCAACAAAACGACAGCCAUCAUCGCCGAGAAAUACCACUGGGUGCGCAUUAAAGAAACCGUAAGCCUCGUCAUCAGAAACUGCACGCAGUGCAAAGAACUCGGCAAAUCCCCUAUCGUCCGCGCAGACGGUGUCAUCCGUCCCCCUACCACCAUCACGCGCAUCAACCCCCCCUCUUCCGGCGGCCAAGGCGGCGUCAGCGCCGCGGGCCGAGCUCUCAGUCUCUCGCACCAUGGCCAGCAAGCUACGAACGAAGAAGGCUUCCCCGCACAAGCCGGGCAGGGCUCCGUCUCUCCGCAAGUCCUGAACCGCACACUGCCGCAAAACCAAAGUCCACAAAGCCAAACUGCAUCACAUUCACACUCGCACCUACAAUCACACCUCCAGCUCCAGCACCAGCACCAACACACAUCCGCACCCAUAGCGCGCAUGCAAACCGACAAUGAGAACGAUUACAUGCCCCUGGACCCGCAGAUCAUGGAAGACGUACGGCACGGCCUGGGCUCGUACGAACAAGCUGGACCUGAGUUCCACGGGCAGGAUCAGGAUUCCUUCCAGGCGAUGCUGGGCCGGGGCGGGGUGGGGAAUCGAGGGGAUGGGGAUCUGGAUAUGCUGAUUGAUCAGGAGGUGGAUGGGGAGGGUGAGGAUGAGAGCGAUGACGAGGCGCAGGAGGCUGUGGGGCAGUUGCAGGCUGAGGCGGAAGAGGCGUUGAGGACGGUGGGGAGGGAGUAUGGACGUGGUUCUAGUAUUGCGAGGCUUGGUGGUGAUGGGGGGGAGUCUGGGUAG